AUGUGCCGAUUGCUGGUUUUAAGUGCUUUUGUGUUGGCGGUUGCCGCUUUUCUGCCAGUGAGUUCUGCCGGGUUCUUCCGCCACGAUCUCUACGGGCCGGUUGAUGCUGCCAAUGACCUGGUCGGCGGUGAAGAGCUCUCCAGCGAUGAUGCCCUCUAUUUGACGCCGUACAUAGAUGCUGGCAAGUUGAAAGAGGGACGCGAACUGAGUGAAGUCAAGAACCUGCCCAAGAACGUGACGAUUAAGAGCUUUUCCGGCUUUCUUACCGUUAAUAAGAAGUACAACAGCAACAUCUUCUUUUGGUUUUUUCCCGCUUUGAACGGAAAAGUCGGCAAAGAUGUUCCCGUUUUGUUGUGGUUGCAAGGCGGUCCGGGGGCAUCAAGUAUGUACGGCCUUUUUGUGGAAAAUGGUCCGCUGCAAGUCAUCAAUAAAGAUCUGGAUGUAGUGAUUCGCAAUCACACUUGGAAUCGUGAAUUUGCCGUUCUCUACAUUGACCAACCGGUUGGCACUGGUUUCAGUUUUACAGAUUUUGAUGAAGCGUACCCUGACACUGAAGAGGAGGUAGCCCAUGAUUUGUAUGAAGCACUGAAGCAGUUUUUCACACUCUACGAAGACUACCGAGGCAGUCCGUUUUAUUUGACUGGGGAGUCUUAUGCAGGCAAGUACGUCCCAGCAGUGGGCUACAAAAUUCACACCGAGGGCGAACACGCCAAGCGCGCGGGCAUCAACCUACAGGGCCUUGUCGUAGGCGACGGCUGGACUGACCCGCGGAACCAGGCAGUAAAGUACGGCGAUUUUCUCUACCAAAUUGGCCUCCUCGACGAGGAGCAGAAGGCGUACUUUGCCGUGGAGGAGAAGAAGUUUGCCGAUCUGGUCGACCAGAAGAACUACGCGCGAGCGGCCGACAUCAUGGACGACCUGCUGAACGGCAACGCCAAUGGCACCUCCUACUUUCAACAGGUGUCCGGACUGACCAACUACUACAACUUCCUCAUGAAUGGCAGCCCCGCCGACAUGAGCUACUACCUCAACUACCUGGCGCUGAAGCAGACGAGAAAGGCGAUCAACGUCGGCAAGCGGCCCUACCUCGAUGGAAGCCAGAGUGCCGCCCACUUGAUGCCCGACCUGAUGGUCAGCGUGAGGCACUGGGUGGAGGCGCUGCUGGACGCCAACUACCGAACGCUCUUCUACAGUGGCCAGCUGGACAUUAUCGUCGCAGCGCCGCUGACGGAGAACUACCUGACAAAGAUGCAGUGGAAGGGCGCCCAGAAGUACCACACUGCGCCGAGGAGCAUCUACAAGGUGGAGCCAAAUGACACUGCAGUGGCCGGCUAUGUUCGAAAGGUGGACAAUUUCUACUACGCCAUCAUUCGCAAUGCCGGUCACAUUUUGCCCUAUGACCAGCCUCGAGUGGCGCUCGACAUGAUUACUCGGUUUGUGCACAAGAAGGAGUUUUAA